AUGCCGCGUCACGAUAACUUCAACACUCCGAGCAAUCACAUUCUCAAAGUAAGUUAUAGUAGAUAUUUUUAGGUAUUUUUAAGGGCAAUAUGUUGUUUUACAAUUGAAAUGUGUCAUUAUUCAGGUUUGUUUUUGUUUUGAGUUAUAAAAUGUGAAGUUUCAAAGGUAAUGAACAAUUUGUUAACUUAUGUUCUGGUCUUCACAGUAUGUUUGACAUGCAAUAUUAGUUUAAGUAUCUUGAAGUUGUUAUCUUUAAUGGUACGUUUUCUGCCUAUUUUAACUUUAAUUUCAGCGUAUGGAGAACAUGGUGAUUGGAGUGGGUUCGAAGCGGCCGAAGAGUAUCGCCCACACAACAAUCAGAGGAGCUUUUGGAAUAAUUGUAGAUGUGAGACAGGAGAAUGAAGUUCCAAUCUUCAUGACAAUAUCCAAGGAGUACAAGGAUACGGAGAUUGAAGAACGCUUUAACAAAAGGGUAAGGCAUUUUAAUUUUUGUGUUUUUAGGUAAUAAUUUGUAAAAUAUUUAUGAAAAGAGCCGUCAAAAGGCGCUAGGACAAAUGCGGUUUUUGGACAUUUGCGGAUCUGCGGUUUUUAGACACUUGCGGAUCUUCGGUUUUUGGACACUUGCGGAUUUUGGACAUUUGCGGAUUUUUAAAAGGUUUUUUUAAAUUUUUUAGUUAAUUUAGUUGUAGUAUGGUACUAAAUUGUACUAAAGUUUAAAUUGGUGCGGUUUUAACAUAACAGUACCUUUUUGGGCUUUUAGUACCAUUCAGUACCAAAAAAUAUAAAACAGCACCAAUUUAAAAAUAACCGAAGAUCCGCAAGUGUCUAAAAACCGCAGAUCCGCAAAUGUCCAAAAACCGCAUUUGUCCUAGCGCCGUCAAAAAUAUUAUUUUAGACUUAUAAAGCUUCUUUUUUCUUCGUAGUAGUUGGAAGUAAUUUAAAAAUAAAAUUAAACUUGGUUAUGCUUAGUUUUAAUAACUUUAGCAUUUUGCGAUUGGACGUUGCGUGGAAUUCGUCAUUAAAGAGACGCGAAAAGGUCCCAGAAUCGACAGGGAGUUGAUCGAUGUCAGGCUUCUUAGGAGAGACAUAUUGCCGCACGAAUUCAGAUGUGAGAACGGUCUCUUGAUCAUGAAAAUGUACUGCAUUAGAGGAGAUGUGGUACCAUUGGGAAGAAGUCCAGUUUUUGCGUCAUACAUUGAUGAUGAUUUAGCUCUGAGAGUUGGCAUUCCUCAUGAAAACUCUGCUGAGUUUGAGAAUAUGAAAGAAAGCGAUGAUUUCAUUGUGAGUAUUGUUAUUUGUGUUUCUGUUUUUUAUCUUAUCUAAAAUUUUCAUUUUUUGGCAAUUUAAACUUACUUUAAACAUUUGAUUUUCAGUUGGUUAACAUUUUAAGAAUUAUUUUUAGUUUGAAGCCAUCUACUGUCCAAACUACAUGGCUGACCAGUACUUUGUGGUGGUGUCAUGGUGCGAUGCCUAUAAAAUCAAUCCACCUUGGCAAAUCGUAAGUUUGCAUCAAUUGUAAUAUGAUUGUUUGUUUUUAGUUCAGUUUUGCAGAAGAAGCCGAGAAGUUCUCGAAGUAUGUUCUCCCUAAUGGCGAGAGGUCUUCAACUUUUAAUAAUUUUGAUACCACAAGUAACAUGGAUGCGAAUUCAAUAAAAUGUAAGUUUUAGUGUUUUUCUUGAUCAUAUUACACUUCUUUCGAACCGUUUUUGCCAAUGUUAUAAUUGAUUUUGUUUUUGAAACUUUCGAGAAUUUUUUAUUGUAAAUUUUAUUUACAUCAAUUUCAGACAUACCGAGUCUGCAAUUAUCGACCAGCAGUACUGUACAAUCCGACACUUUGAGUGACGGGGCACGUAGUGGAACCGACUCUUCUCGAUCUAGUAAGUAAAAUACGUUGAUUUGGUUUAUAUUAAAUCUGAAGUUGUUAAUUUUUGUAAUACAGUAAAUCUACAGUAGGGGAGAGGAUGAAAGGGGUAGAUAUUCCAGCAAUUUCAUUUCUCAGUCAUCCUAUAAGGGGAUUUUCUUACCUACUCACUUGUAAUGACAUUAUUUGAUAUUUUUUAUUUUAGCAUUGGAGGUACCUCCUUCGCCGUCUCUAAGCACUGACAAGAUCACAGCAGCGAACAUUAGCGACAUGUUGGGAGUCACAAUCGAUUCAGAAGUCGGAGCUUUCUUUGAAGGAUCAGAAAUUAUCUCUGGCUAUAAUUAA